AUGCCAGGCUAUGGCUACGGCUAUGGCGCGAGCCGUGACGAAACAAGCGACAGUGAGAGCAGCCGGGAAUCGGAAAGCAGUGAAAGCGAAGCCUCCGAGGUCGAAGUGGAUCAGGGUGCUCGAAAUCCGCCUGCGCAGCCAGGAAGGACGCCUGAAGCUUUGCCAAGACGGCGGAGCGUCACCUUCAAAGAGGAAGUCUUGAUCUUGACAGACUCGGCCCGAGAGUUCACAAAGCUCAGCUUCAGACAGGGAGCACCAAGAAAGCGCUUCAAGGAGCCUCCGCCUACAGGGAAGCGCAUCAGAACUGGUGCAGCUGGUAGGGUGCUCAGAUCACCACCUCCUGAAAGACCGCUCCUGGGCCAGCCAGAAGUACCGAGUGUGGUGAGCAAGCGGAAGCCAGAAGACUCACAUGAGGUGACUGAAGCUGAAUGCCGAAACAAAAGAAAUCGAAAAGACAAGAGCCGAAGCCCUGAUGGCCUGACAACAGCAGGGGUGCAAACAGGCGAAGCUGUGGACACUCUUGUGAAGGACACGAAGUCAGACCCAGACGCGUUGCAAGCGCAUGUGCGAGUCGAGAAGCAGGUUCACGAGAAAGCGCAACAGAAAAGGACAGCUCGGCGCACCAGGUCGGUCAGGUGUUGCAUGCUCCUCGGAAACUGUGGCUUCGAUUUUCGUUUCAGACUCGUGCGUGCAGGCUUCCGCCGAAAAGCGGCACGGAGCAGGCUGCUGCGGAAAACCCAAAGGCGCUGA